AUGGGACUCCUUGUGGUUUGUGCCAGAUAUGUCAUAGUACAAGCAGAAGAAAAGAAAUUGGGCGUAGGUAUUCCAAUCAGCUGAAACAAUCCUUCUGAGUUUUGGUUGCAAUCCAUUUACGAAAAGGCCGGACAGCCACGUGAAAGACAUCGCACAAUGUGCGCCAUCUGCUGCCUAUCUGUGGAUCUGCAUCGGUGGGGAUGGACUUUCUUCUUCUGUUUUUAUAUGUGGUGGAAGCCUCCCAGAGCGGCUGGGGAAACCCAGCCAGAUGGGCGGGGUAUAAAUAAUAAAAUUAUUAUUAUUUACAACUAGGAAGAAGGAAAGUUCUGGAAAGGAAGACACAUGCACACUUUCCUGCUUGAAAAUACUAGACAUAGGCCCCCCGUUUUGAAGCGGAUCUUAUGUGUGCCUCCAUUUCCGUUUGGAGGUAUCUGGUUAUGGAAUACUGCAUAAGAAUUCUUAAGAACUUGUCAGAAAUCCAAGCUGGCCUUCCCAUUAUGCAGAGUGAGGCUUCCUCCCAGGGUGAUGGACGCUGGCAGAUGCAGACAAACAGCAGCUCUCCUUCCCGCCUGUUACAAUCUCCUGAUGCCAGCAACCUCUACAGUGGCCUAGUUUAAGCUUUUUGUUUAGAUCAGGGUUUCCCAAAAAUGGGUCGCUAGCUGUUUUUGGACUACAAUUCCCAUCAUCCCUGACCACUGGCUCUGCUAGCUAGGGAUGAUGGGAGCUGUAGUCCAGCAACCCUGGUUUAGAUCAAAGGCAAGUAAGAGGCAACAUGCUAUACACUCCUAGAAUGAUGCUUGGCAAGGAGAAAGUGGAUAGAGAACUUUUUCCUCCCUCUUUUGUAACGCUGGAACUUGUGGACAUCCAACGAAGAUGGACAUAUGAAGACUCAGGGCAGAUUUUUAAAAGUACCACUUCACAGAGCAUAGUCAAACUAUGAGAUUUGUUCCCCUCCCCCCAAGGAGGCAGAGAUGGCCACCAACUUAAAGGUAAAGGUAAAGGGACCUCGACCAUUAGGUCCAGUCGUGGCCGACUCUGGGGUGGCGGCGCUCAUCUCGCUUUAUUGGCUGAGGGAGCUGGCGUACAGCUUCCGGGUCAUGUGGCCAGCAUGACUAAGCAGCUUCUGGCGAACCAGAGCAGCGCACGGAAACACCGUUUACCUUCCCGCUGGAGCGGUGCCUAUUUAUCUACUUGCACUUUGAUGUGCUUUUGAACUGCUAGGUUGACAGGUAGCAGGGACCGAGCAACAGGAGCUCACCCCGUUGCGGAGAUUCGAACCGCCGACCUUCUGAUCGGCAAGUCCUAGGCUCUGUGGUUUAACCCACAGCGCCACCCGCGUCCACCAACUUGGAUGGCUUUGAAAGAGAGUUAGAGACAUUCGUGUAGGUGGGGGCUAUCAAUGGCUACUAGCCAUAAUGGCUGUGAUCUACCUCUAUGAUUGGAUGCAGAAAUGCUUCUAGAUACUAGUUGCUGGAAACAACAGGAGAGGAGAGGGCUCUUGUGCUCAUGUUUCUGCUUCCAUUGUAAGAACAGGAUGCUGAACUGAAUGGGUCACUGGCCUGGUAGCGCAGGGUCUUCUUAUGUUCUUCAUGGUGAUGCUUGUUCCUUCCUCAUGCUGGCUGGCCUGCUCAGCUUCUCCCAAUGGUUCAGAGACCCUGCUCAGCUUUUCCCAAUGGCUCAGAGACCCUGAUCAAACGAUAAGGAAGCAGCUAGACCACGUCACUGGAGUGUGUGCAUUGCUCUUCAUCACUGCCCACCAUAACAGCAAAAAGGUUUUCAGAAUCCUAGAUGCCAAUGUGAUUUUUCUAUAGGCUCCAGCAAUCUGGUGCCUUGGAUUUUUCCAGGCCGUGAGGCAAAGUCAGGCGCACUUCUAGCUCCAAGCAAGCAGCCGUCUGCCCUUUCUUCUCUUUGUUGCAAAACAGAAAUCCAUAAAACCUCAGCGCCCGUCCAUGCAAGUUACAGAAAUAGAUCAGCUUUUGUACACUAUCAAGGUCCACACACACACCCUGGGGAUUUUGCAAGAAAAUGGUUCCAGCUGCAGAUCAAGAAUAUCCCCACUGGUGGUGGGAGGGGUUGGGAGGGGGGAAUAGGAAGGAAAUGUUUUGAGAAAUGUCUUAAAAUGCUGCAAAGAUAGGGCAGCACAACACAUCAGCAUGACAAGUGGCAUCAAACCCCUUCGGGCGCACACUGAUUGAAACAAUGGCAGUCCCCAGCACAGUUUGAGCGAAAUGCUGGUCUUCAGGGGAAAUGGCUUGUAGAAACCAGUCACUCCUGAAACACUAUUCAGCUAGCCAAGUGUGUCAACAAAGAAACAAACAUGUUGAUCAAGAGCACUUCGUUUGAGUGGCCCUGGGGACUAUAAAUGAUAUUUCUUUUUACGUUAGAGAGAUGUUGUCUGUUCUUUGUAAACACUUGAUGUGCAUAGGAAACUGCCUUCUGCCAAGCCAGACCACUGGGUCCACUGAGCUCAGUAAUGCAUGCUUUGGCCGGCAGUGACUUUCCAGGGUUUGGGGCAGGAGACUUUCGCAGCCCUACCUGGGGACUGAACCUGGGGUCUUCUUCAUGAGCAGAUGCCCUAGCUCUGGAAUAUGGCCACGCCCCAAAGUGUACGCCCUGGGGAAAGAGGCAUAGAAUGCUUUGAAAUAAAUAAGCCAUUCUGAUGGCAAACCACAAAGCAGAUCUUAGGAGACUUUAUGUUUCGCCCCACACCUGAUUAGACUCGUUCUUCCAUUCCAGCUCCUUUGUACGUGCUGCUCCACCAAUGUUUUAUGGACUGUGUAGAGUACGUUAAUGGCCAGAUAUGUCCAAUAGGGCUGAUAGAGCUAGUUGUACAUUAAAAAAAAAUCAUUUCCAAUAGUCUGCUAAGGUACAAUAGCCUCUGCUUCCUUUUCCCCAUUGACUUAGGUAGAACCUCCACAUCUGCCUUUGCCAUUAGCUGUGCAGUCUCCCAAUGUGCGGACAGCUUGCAGAAUUGACCCAAGGGACAGAUGUGGAAAUUAAACAGAGGACAUUGCAAAGAUACAUGAUGAGCAGGAAGAGCAAGUCACUUGUGCUUCCUGUCUCCCUACCCCAUUACUAACGUCAAAUGCUGCUGGUGUUGAUUUUGACAUAUUUGCCAUCAGGAGCGAAUGGGCACUGAAGCAUACAGGUGUUGGGGGGGGGGGGGAGAAGCAGGCAAUGUGUGGGUAAGCAAUGUUAUCUCUGUAAAAAGUCCAGAUCAAACGUCAUCCCAUGAACGGCCAUUUACCGUCUUGAUGCAUGGAUGCGCACAACAUCCUUUACAGAAGCAAUUUGAGCUCUGUGGACUGCUGUGGUCAAUACUACAGCUGUAUACACACACACACACACACACACACACACACACACGGGUAUACUUGGCCUGGAUCUGGCCCAGAUCAAUUCAGGGUCAGAGCUAAUGUUUAAUUAGGGGCUUUAGGGUGAUUCAGGUUUCUUGAUGGUUCAGUCCUGCUCAGUGUGGCUGCACACAUGGGUUCCUCUGUUGGGAUCAAGUGUGCAGCCAAAAUACAGAGCUAUUGGAAAGUCCUUUUAGAAACUUAGCCCUGUGCUGCUCUUUGAAGAGCCAGAUGACUUCUCCUUCUUCCCAACCAUCAUCCUGCCCCUUGAGAGACCCAGAGUGCUCUGGGUGGGCCAACCUGACUCAAUAUGGGGCUGUCUCAAUCUGACUUGGUGGAAGCCCAGUGUCACCUAAACUGGCUCAAUUCACUUUGGGAUUCAGAUGAAUCUGGCACACAGCCCUGUAAAUGCAGGUGCUGGCCAAUCAUAUGCAGACCCACUUAGAAGACAAGUCCGACUGCAUACCCACCAACAUUCCUCAGUUGAAAAUAGGGACAUUUCUCUCUCGCACCCCAACCAACCCUCCUCAACCCCCCAUUUUUGUCCUCCCCCCACCUGCAGUGUAUUUCCUAUCAGAAAAAGGGUGAGGGCCACCACAACCACAGCACUCACACCCUCCACCGUCCUGAGAAAAACCCUUAAACCAAAUUUUAUUUUAUUUUCUUCUUUGGUAAGAUAAAAUAAACCUUUAUUCGCAUUAGCCAAUGGCCAUAGCAAAAGUAAAACAUUACAGUAUACGCAGAAAAGGAAGUUUGAUAUAAGAGCACAAUUUAAGUUAGUGGCCCUUAUUCUGAUUGUCCCUGCUAUGAACCUAGCAACCUUUAAUGUUAUCUGCUUAUUUUGAUCUGAUAAAGGAAAGGACAUUGUGGCAGUGGUUGAGCGCCCUGGGAUGAUUAGUACGAAUGGGAUGAUGAUCUCAUUCCUCAGGUCUUUGUAGAGAGUGCAAGACAGGAGGACAUGUGCCACUGUUUCGGUAGAUUUACAAACAGAAAAACACACACUAAAUUUUAGAAAGGGGGCAAGAAUAGGCAUGGGUGCACAAAGCAAUUUAAACAAACAAACAAACAAACAAACAAACAAGACUCCUUGUGCUCCGCUCUGCUCCGCUCCCCCUUUCUUUCCACCCAGGGGAAGAAGAGAAGAAGAAGAGUUUGGAUUUGAUAUCCCGCUUUAUCACUACCCGAAGGAGUCUCAAAGUGGCUAACAUUCUCCUUUCCCUUCCUCCCCCAUAACAAACACUCUGUGAGGUGAGUGGGGCUGAGAGACUUCAGAGAAAUGUGACUAGCCCAAGGUCACCCAGCAGCUGCAUGUGGAGGAGCGGGGAAGCAAACCCAGUUCACCAGAUUACGAGUCUACCGUUCUUAACCACUACACCACACUGGCUCUCUGGGGAGCCGUGCCCUUGGCCUGCCCCUCAGAGCAGAGGCCUCUCCUCCUGCUUGCCCACUCUCCAGCAGCCGCUGUGAGCUGCCCAAUGGAGGAGGUUGGCAGCAGCGGCCAUGGAGAGGCAAUGGGAUGCUCCCUCACAGCCACAGCUGCCACUUGGGGCAAUCGCUGGCACAUCCGCCUUUCUAAUCUCAGCGGUGGCAGCACUGGCAGGGAAAAUAGGGACAUUCCAGGAUCAAAUCAGAAGCCGGGAUGACUUUUGUAAUUCCUGGGCUGUCCCUGGAUAAUCGGGACACUUGGAGAGGAUACUGCUGUGCUAAAUAGAGCCCACUCCCAUGUUACAGUGCAUGGUUUUGCAACCUUGCAGUAACAGGAUCCUCAAGCAUGGACUGUCAAGUAAGGGGACACACCCCAACCUAAAAUGCAUUGUAAAAAAAGUAAAGGGGUAAAGGACCCCUGGACAGUUAAGUCCAGUCAAAGGUGACUAUGGGGUUGUGGCACUCAUCUCACUUUCAGGCUGAGGGAGCCGGUGUUAGUCCACAGACAGCUUUCCAGGUCAUGUGGCCAGCAUGACUAAACCACUUCUGGCGCAACAGAACACCUUGAUACCAGAGUACACAGAAACGCCAUCUACCUUCCUACCGCAGUGGUACCUAUUUAUCUACUUGCACUGGCAUGCUUUCGAACUGCUAGGUUGGCAGGAGCAGGGGCAGAGCAACAGGAGCUCACCCCUUCGUGGGGAUUUGAACCGCCGACCUUCUGAUCAGCAAGCCCAAGAGGCUCAGUGGUUUAGACCAUAGCGCCACCCGCCAUUGUACCAGCAGUACCACCAAUAAAUCACACACAGGUGGACAAAUAAGGCCGUAGCUCAGUGGUAGAGGAUCUGCCCUGUAUGGAGAAAGUCCCAGGUUCUACUUUUAAAAAAAAGUUUUCAGUUUUACAAUUGCAUCAUUUUUGCAGAAGGUCUCAGGUUGAAUCCCUAGCAUCUCCAGGUUGGGCUGGGAAUAUCCCCUUCCUGAAACCCUUGGAAGCAUCUUCCAGUAGGUGAACAUGAUACUGAGCUAGAUGAAUCAAUGGUCUGACAGCCCCCUGUGUUAAAAGGGUUUUUUAGAAUACUUCAUUCUGGAAUGCUUUAAAACGCCUUAUUCUGGAUCGUGACCACAGUAUUUGUGCGAUCAAAUAUGAAUUGCAUUUAAUUGUGCUCGAUUCCUAUGCUGGGUCGGUCUAAUAUCACGGUGACAGUUACUUCUUUUGACAGUGACACCUCAUUGACUUUGUUAGGCUCUGUGUCAACACUGAUGUCACAGAGUAAACAGAACAGACGUGUGAAAUCAGUUGUAAAAAAAUGGUCAAAUGCAAAGAAUGGCAAACAACAGAAUUCCCCCACCCCACCGCAAUUGACUAAGGAAACUGUCAGCAAUGAUGCACUCCUAUAAGUGCUUGCCAGAGCUGAACAGUAUAUAUAGAUAUCCGUGACUGAGCAGGAGAGACCAGCAGACAAAUACUCUUGGAUCCUCAAGGCUUCCAGAAGUCCCAGAAGAAAGAGACAGCACCGCCUUUCCUGCUUCUCCAUAACCCUUCCAAAAUACCUACAGGUAAGAAGAAUAAGAUAAGUUCCCUGUAGUAUUCAUUGGGAGAACUUCUUGUAUGUUUGGCUAACUUAGGCUGCAUCAACAGGUUGCUUUGUAAUAGUUUUCCUUUUUCUCCCUCUUGAUGAUAAGCAUUGGAUUGAGAAACACGAUGCAAACUAGUUUAAAAUCCAUUUCACUCACAAGCUGUGUUGUUUGUAAUACUGAAGUAAAUGACAACAGGCAGGGAGAAAAAAACUAAUUGUAUAAUUAUGAUAAAAUUAUAGACAGAUAGAGAGAAAGACUGAUUGUAUAAUUAUGAGAAAAUUCCUGAUGAAAGUGUUGAGGGAGGGUGGUUUGUUUUGUUGUUGUUUUUAAAAAAUGAGGAUAUUUUGUAUUUCAAUUUUUUGUUUUUAAAAAAAAAGAAAAAGGGAGGUUUAGACCCAGAAUCGUUCCUUGUUAAAUUAAAGAGCAACAUUUCAAAAGCACUACCCUCGUAAGCCAAACAAAAUUUGGGAACACUCUAGCCAAAGUUGAGAUCUUUCAUGCCCCAUUAAUAGCCAAGGAUCUGACUCUGCAAUGCAAGAAUCUGUGAUUGGAUUCCCUAUUCCUUUUCAUUUCUGAAAAGUAUUUCAGAUGGAGCUCUGUUGCAAGAGAAGGGGGAGUCAGUCCGUUCUCACUUCCUAAUUCUUCAGUGCAAUAGUACAAUCUGCCUGCAUGUUUUCCCAUCUCCAGCUAGUAGUAGUUUCAGGGUAGGAGAGAUUUGCAUCACAGAACUGGGUGGGGGUGAGUGUUGAAUGUCUCUGACUUAACCAGGGCCCCGAUCCACAUAUAGAGACUCCAUUGCAAUUUUUAGGUACAGGAAGUGAUCUUUUACACCUUACAUAGGCAUUAAAAUAGAUAUCCAUAUGGGGCGUAGAGGAUUCAAUGGGAAAUAACAAUUUAUUGGGUACAUUGAUCUCUUUGUUUUGGAGAUAACUUCUCUGUCUUAUUCUAAAUGAUGUAGAAUUAUAAGCUAAGAACUCUGGUGGCUGAAGCAGCAUCACCAAUGGAUGAAUGGUAGAAAACUUUUCUAUGUAGUGUAUGAGAAAGUUUCAAGGUGAUGGGAUAAUGAGUUGCUGUUCCAUCCUAAGCCCCACUCCAAAAAAUCUGAAAUUAAAAGUGUGUUAAUUAACACGUAGGAAUCGUAUUCUCUUACACCAUUUCAGUUCAUGUUCCUUACCUCAGUUCACAAUAAUCAUGUUACCCUUUAGCUAGUGUAAGAGAAAAAUGAUGAUGAUGAUGAUUUUAUAUGCCACCCAUCUGACUGGGCUGCCCAAGCCACUCUGGACAGCUUCCAGAAAAUUAUAAAUCUAUGGUAAACAACUGUCUUACCUACCCUGGAUUAUAGCCACCAGUGCCCUACGAGUAGCCUCCAAUGUAAGCCAUAAUUCACCCUUUCCGAAACCAUUCUUUAACCAAAGCAUAACUAUCCCUUGAACUUUGCACUUCUCUGAAUUUUGCAAUGCACUUCUUCAGCCAAGAAUGCAGAAACUAGGGUACAGUGUACAUAAAUGAACAUAUAUUACAGUAGAUAGCAUACAAAGAUGCAUCAUAUAAAGGGAAAUUGCAAAAACGCAUCUAUCAGGAGGAAUUGCAUGCAAAAAUGUGCAUAUUAUGAGAAAUUCACGCGGAAAUGAUGGCGAAUUUUCAUGAGUACUUAAAAAAAGAUUGAAAUGUGGAGAACUGGACUUAACAGAAAAAUGGGAAACAGAGAAAGCAAAAUGGUCAGAUUUGCCAAUUCCUCGCUCCUAGCAAGGAAGGCAGUUUUCUUCCAUAUUUGUCAAGCAUUCUUUUCCGUUUUACUUUUUGAGCAUGGUGUUGGUUUCUUCUUUUGUAAAUUGGAACAUCACAAUGCACCCAAAUGAUGGUGCACACACCUAGGUUUUUCAACAACAAAUAAAAUCUUCUGUAUACUAUUGUAUAUAGUUUAGCAGCAAUACACCUUGAUUCUAAACAUGCUGGCUUGUAAGCCUGUUUAAUUCAACAGAGUUUACUGCUAAGGACUUGUUUUUCAAGUUGCAGCUUUGGGGUUGGUUUUAUUUGUUUUUUUAGUUUAGAGAAAAGGCAAGUAAAAGGUGAUAUCACAGAAAUUUAUAAAACCAGGCACGUUAUGGAGAAAGCGGUUCGAGAAAAGUUUUCCCCCCUUUCUCAUAGUACAGGAAAUUGCAGACCUCCAGUGAAGCUGAAUGUUGGAAGAUUUAGGGCAGAUAUGAGAAAGCAGUUCUUCAUGCAACACAUAGUCAGUCUAUGGGACUCGCUCCCCGAGGAGGCAGCAAUGGCCACCAAUGUGGUUGGCUUUAUAAGAGAAGUAGACAAAUCCAUGGAGGAGAUGACGAUCAAUGGCUACUAGCCACAUGCCUGUGCUCUCCCUCCACAGUUAAAGGCAGCAAUGCUUCUGAAUACCAGUCGCUGGAAGCCAUCGGAGGGGAGUGUGCUCUCCUGCUUGCAGGUUUCCCACAAACACCCAGUUGGCCACUGUGAGAACAGGAUGCUGAACUAGAUCAGCCAUUGACCUGAACCAACAGCCUCUUAUUAUGUUCUGAAGCUGGGAAAAGGUACUCCUGGCCACAGAGGUCACUUGGCCCUCUAAUCACAAAGGUGCGUCCAUGCGUAUUCCAAGCUAUGUACCUGAUCCUUUACAGGGUGCAUCACCCCAUCCAGAACAGGCAAUUGGCUUAUAUUUCAUUUUUAAAAAAUAAUAUUUAUUGAUAAUUUCGGAAUUACAAAAAAGAGAAAAAAUAAAAAACAACACUACAAUACAAAAAAAAGAGAAAAGCACAAAAUAUACAAUACAGCAAAAGAAAAUAAAAAAGAAGAAAAAAGAAGAAAAACACAAAUCCCAAAUUGCAUAUCCAUAAUUUCCAUUUGCUUGUUUCAUUGACCUCCUCACACCUCCGUUUUUGUGUUAUAGUUUAGUAAUUAUUUCAGCAAAUUCUUUCCAUCUUUCUCAAUUUUUGUUAUAAAAUUUAUCUUAACAAUUUAACCUAAUAAUUAACUCAACAAAUCCUUACCAUCUUUCCCCAUAUUCUGUUAUUCAGAUUACCUUAAUUUAUUUAACCUUAUCUUACCCCUAAGUACCUUAAGACUUAAAUCUUAGUUUCCAAAUAUACAUAGCUCCUGAUAUCAUUUCUGCUAGAGUCGUAUAGUUUCAUUCCCACAUUUUCCCUAAUAUUCAUUAGCUGAUUCUAAAAUAAAAAAUUUCCAUUAUAAAUUCUCAAUUGGCUUAUAUUUCAGACUCAGAAGCCACCGACCCAAAAACCUUCCAUCUCCCCCAAGGUUCGGACCCUGUUUAUUGGCCCUCAUUCAAUCCACCACUGUGUUUGUGCACUGGUCCAGAGCUUGCAUAGCCGCUCUUGAUUCAGAUGUUGUGGAGAGUGUCUUCAUCAGCAUAUAUAUUCAUCCCUAAGAGAGGCCAUCGAGAGCAUCGGCUUGAGAUUUUUAGAAUAUCAUUGGGAAGAAGCAUGCCCUCUUGGGAAAUAGCACUAGGAGGCAGCAUUGCACUGCUGAAGGACAUAAGGAAGGGAGAGCAGGACUGCGUUAUUCUUGCAAAUCUGAAAAGGAAGGCGGUGGCAGGCAAGGCAGCAGUGGCGGCAGGACAGUUUGUGUGCAUUCUUACGAAACAUGUUACAAAACAGGGCCUAACAUAGCAAAAGAGCUUGUUAGCUUUGAUCAAGUCCCGUGCCCCUGCUUUCAGAGUGACGUGGUUGCAUAACUCAGUUUUGCAGAAUUGUGCCAGUUGUUGGUAACUAAAAAUAGAAACCCACAUAAAAGUUGUGCCAUAUCGAAGGGUGCUAGGAAUUCCUUUUCAUUAUUUACGCAAUUGAGUUAUGGAGUAAUCAUGUUUACACUCUCUAAAUCAGUGUUUCCCAAACUUGUGUCUCUAGCUGUUUUUCGGACUACAACUCCUAUCAUCCCUAGCUGGUGAGACCAGUGGUCAGGGAUGAUGGGAACUAUAGUCCAAAAGCAGCUGGAGACUCAAGUUUGGGAUACAUUGCUCUAAAUCAUAUUUAAUCCUCUAAAUCCAUCUAUUAAUUUUUAGUCUCUAUGGAGAUUCAUUCCACAGGGAAGGAAGUCAAACUGAUUUCAGUGGGUGUCCUUCCAAGAAAGGCUCAUAUUCAUAUGUCACACCCCUGUGACAAAAGCUGUUAAGGGUUGUAUCUGCUGGACAGCAACACUCCAGGUUGGGGCUGUAAAAUCCACUAGUCAUGUGGUUUCACCUAGAAUGUUUGGAAGACUUUAUGCCUGUGCUAGCAACCAUUAGGAUUUCAUUAUAUUGACACGUAGAUUCUUCAUAAGCAUGGCUUUCCCCCAAAGGUAUGGCCAUGUGCUUAGCAUGCAAACUGUUCCAGAGUCAAUCUCUGGCAACUCCAGCUAAACAUGUCAGGAACUAUGUGGUGGGGAAAACCUCUGCCUGAGAUUUUGGGGGAACUGCUGUCAGUCAGAGUGGUACAUUAAAUGAUCCCUACUGCUUUGAACACAAAUUGAGGUUUUCAGGCUUAUCAUAAACUGGGGUCUGGGGUGUGUGAAUUAAAUGAAUGGAUCAUCUAAUCUGGUCUGAGGCUUCUUCCUAUGUAAAUUCCUCUGGUACACAGAAUAGUUCUUUGUGACUUCCACAUGGAGGUAUAAUGGCUGAUCCAUCUUUCAGUGUCUUCAGGACAGGUCUUGAGUGUAUGAAGCAGGCUGCAAUGACUAUUUCCCCCUCUAACUCUGCCCUACAGGUGACGAAAAUGAAAAACAUGUACUUUGUGGCUGGGUUGCUUUUAAUGAUUGUACAGAGCAGCUGGCAAAGUGCCCUUCAAGACAGAGAAGAGAAAUCCAGGUAAACACCAGAGAUCAAACUUUUAAUGCUAUAAUAACCCAAAUGUGGGCUACAUAUUUUCUGGUAACAGAGUCCGUUUAAGAUGCUAUCAUUUAAUCUUGCCACCCCCAAAAAAUUGGAUAAGCCAGCAGCAAAUGAAAUUGCCAAUUGAACCACUGAUGUUUUUGUCCCUUUGGUUUUUGUUGUGUAAGCAAAAUCUCUAUUUCCCAUUACCAAACUGUUAUUAAGCAACUAACAAUCCUUUCUUAGCAGCCAUUAUUACUUCUAGUACAUUAGUUGCAUAUCUCUGAUGAGGAGGUUGAUACAUGGUACGGUGACUUUCAAAAUGUGCAAUUUUCAGUACAAAUAUUUUGUUACAAACCACACUUAUAGAUCCUUCAAGGCUUCCCAGGCCGAACUAUUAGAUGACUCUAGACAGCUGAAUGAAGUGAAACGUCAUUCACAAGGUACAUUCACCAGCGAUUACAGCAAGUACUUGGACACGAUACGAGCUCAAGAUUUUGUACAGUGGUUAAUGAACACUAAAAGAAGCGGGUAAGCAAAAUGGACACACCCCACCUGAACCCCCUUAUAAAUUGCCACAUGGCACGCACAAGAAAGUCUUAUGCUGGUGUACCUGGUACCAUAUAAACCAAGGAGACUGCAUGAUGAGGGGAUAACUUCAUCCAACUAAAUAUGUAGAGUUUGGAUCAAUUCCAAGAGCUUCAGUGUUCAUCCAUGCAUCUGUCCAUCCAUCCAUCAAUCAAUCAGUCCAUCUAUCCAUCCAUCCAUCCAUCCAUCCAUCCAGUCAUCUGUCCAAUUGUUUGUUCGUCCAUCUAUCCAUUCUGAUUUACAGCCCAUUCUAUGCUGAGAGAUCAGAGCAAAUAGCAUCACUCGAAUCUAUUACAAAAGCAUCUUUUCACAAAGAACUCAGCAUCAUCUCUUUGCUGCAAAUGUGUCACUCCAUAAUUUCCAGCACCCUGAGAUACAGAUGCUAGGUAAAUCUCAUUUUAACAUUUUUCCAACAGGUGUUAGUUGCAAUAACUAACAAUCAAAUGAAAAGUUUUCUGAUGCAAAACCCACUGAAAGGAAUGCGAAUUGUGCAACAGUAAACACUGUCUACUUGAGCAACUCCCAUUUGAUCAAUAGAGUUAAAGCUGAAGAACAUCUGAACCCUUUGGCUACAAUCCAGUGCGUGUUUUUUCAAUCACGCUCAUAGUAGAAUGAUACUGUGUUGGUGCAGCUAUCGUUCCUCUGAACUCUGACUAUCAUUGCUGGUAUGCCUUUUGGCUCAUUGCUGAGUGGGGAUUUCAUCCCUGGUAUCUCAGGCCCUAAUCAAGCGCUCUAACCAGGACACGGCAAUAGCAAAAUAAAACCUGUACACUAGAAUAUCAGUUUUAUUUUAAAGCUGUUCCUUUAAAACAUCCUAUCAGACAAUGCAUACACACACACACAUUUUCAGAGAUGAGACAAUGAGGACCUUUUGAAACAUUCAACUCUGUAACUUUGUUAUCAGAAGAAUGACAAAGUUGUAAGGCCAUUAAGUGAAAUUAUUUUUGGAACAGCUUUAUUUGGAAGUUUAACAUUACCAUAUGUAGGAUCAAGAUAAUAACUGCCACGUGGUUUAAAAGAAGAUAACACAAUAGACAGAACAGUCUACACAGCCUCCUAAAGCAGAGCAAGGUAUGUUCCAGCUAUAGUACUGUAAUACACUGGUGCAUUUGGGCUGGACUAUAGAACACUAUACCAAGUGAGACCAUUGUCCAUCUAACCCACUAUUGUCUACACUGACUGGCUGCACCUCCCCAGAGUUUCGUAUGGGGUCUUUCUUAGUCCUACUUUCCUAGAGAUGCCAGGAACUGAAUCUUGGAUCUUUAGUAUAUGAAGCAUGUGCCCUUCCCCUAGGAAAAAAAACUGUGCCUUAUGUCAGGGUGAGACUAUUUCCCCAUCAAGCCCAAAGUUAUCUACUCUACUACCAGGCACUCUCCAAGCUCUCAAGCAGGUGUUUCUUGUUACCUGCAACCUGAUCUUUAACUGGAGACACCAUACUGAAUCAGGGACCUUCAGUACACAAGGCAUAUGCACUGAGCUAUGGUCUCUUUCCCAGAAGAAUGUGGGCCCAAGGAGGAAAGUUAUGCAUGCAGAUAUGCACAUCCUUAGACGUGAACUGUGUGCAUAGCUGGCUACGUGAAACAGACUUGUCCAAGGAAGAAGUUCAUUGGAUGCAUCUCAAUGCCCCCUCUACACAAGGUGAAAGCACAAAGGAAGGAAUUGGUCCACUGUGGAUCCUACCCAUAGUACUGUUGUGCAGUAAAGUAAUGGCUUUCAAAUUGCUUGCCUUUGGGGAAUCCUUACUCUGCUGAUAUGUCAACUGAGGAAUUCCAGUUCAUCUGCCAUGGUAUUCCUAUUCCAUUGAAGAAGAUGCCAGGAAGUGUUUUGGAGCAUCCUCUCACUUCUCAGCCAAGGUGAUCAGGCACCAGUGUAGCCCUCAAUGAACUGACAGUGUGACCUAUAACAUUCCCCUGUAGGAGCACUGACAGUGAUGGGGAAACUACAUUGCAGCAUUGCUUAGCCACUGAUAAUCUUCUGACUGAGGACCAGCAGCUAAGCUUCUAAGGAACACCAGCCUUCCCUGGAAUACAGCUUGGAAAACCAAUGCAGCAAAAUCUAAGCAAAAGUAAUGUACUAUUGGAAACUCCUGAAAUAAAGCAACUGUGUUUGUGGGUUUCCUUUUCUUUAUUCCACCCCCUCUUUACUUCUCCUUCACAACUUUAUGUUGUGAUCAUUCACCAUUUCUCAUGCUGACAGCCAAAUUCAUUUGGUACUUUGGUGUCUUUCACAUGCGUAUCAGUAUUUGAUAUGUUGCUGUCCACAUACUUCGUUGCCAUUGCUGCUUCACUGUCGUGUGUAUUGUUGUUGUUUCUCUUUUGGGGUCUUAUGUUCACUUCAGCCAUCACUGUUGUUCCAUCAGUCUGUCGAACAAUGCCUUAAUCAGAUGACAUUGGCUAGCAACUUGAUAAAUGAAGCUCUCUCUUGGUAUAUGUGAAAGUCUCAGAUAAUCUAAGAGGUCAUGGUCCUACCACUUUAUGUUCUGCAUAGGGCAAGCAGAGAGCUGCCAGGAAAGGGGUCCCUCUGGAGUGUUGUUGUCUUUGUGGCUGAGUUCAUUCUGUGGGCAGCCUCCCUACCCAUCAAUCCUACAGCCUCCCAGAAUGCAAAGGAGAACUUCACAGCCUUCCAUUGGUUAUGGAAUAUCAAGAGUGGCUGUGCCAAUGUUCCUUUUGAACAGACCACAGCCCAUCAGAUUAAGCCCAGCUUUUCCCAAUAGCCACCCUGGGGUUGAUGGUAGUUGUGGUCCUAAACACUUUUGGAGGUGUCUUUCAUCCUAAGACACCAAACAGGAUUGAUCAUUCUUAGCUGCUGGGUGCAAUGGUUGGUCAAUCAGUUGUAAUACAUAUAUAAAUUAUGUCCCUAACGAAAGACAAUGCUGGGAUCUUAAUAGAAUUAAAUGCAGACGUAAUGGAAUUCCUAUAUGAUUCUUGUUGUAUACAUUUAAGCUUGUAAUAGUUAACUGAUGUGCAAUGCCCCUCCCCUGUCUACAUAUCUGUGCAAAUGUAAUUUUAAUAACCUAAUGCCUAUGGACCUCUGCUGCAGACAAGGACAUGAAGAGAGUGAGAAAGAAAACCUCCUGGACAAUCUCUCAAGGUAUUUUAAGUAAUUUCAGUUUUUUUUUAACACAGGGAAUAUAAAAAAACAGAUCCUAAACCAAUUUGACUAGGGUACUUCCAGGUGGACAGUUGAUUGAGUACUCAUUCCUCUUGGUUUGCAGGGAGAUUAGAGAAUUCUGGCUAUUUAACAAGCUUUUUUUCUGAUCUGUUUGUGGAGAAGUUAGGUGACAGUUGUGUCGAGGCAAGUGUUAUCCCACACUUUCCAGCACAUUUCCCAGCCACCUUCCUUACUUCAAAAAGUCCAAUCUUUUGGGAAAGCGGGUUUGUUCCAUUCCCCUAUAAAUUUGCCAGUACGUGACUGCAUCCCACCUGAAAACACCAACAGUCUGGAAGUGCUCUCAGUUUAUAUAUACAUACACACACACAAUCUGGAAAACAUUAGCCCUUGAGUGCAAUAGCGUGCUACAUGGAUGCUACUGCCUAUGAAGAAUCUCCCCUCUCAAUGCUGACAAUGCAGAUCUGACCAUCUGGUGGGAGAGAAGGUGUGCCUCCUGGAAAAAGUUCUCCCAACAUGUAAUGUCUACAUAUGAUGAUGCUUAUAGCAGCUGUGGGGAAGCUUGGCCCUUCCUGAUGCUGCUGAACCUCAUCUCCCAUCAACCACAGCAAACUUGGCCAGCAAUGGUGGGGUUCAUAGUUCAGCUACAUCCAGAGGGCCAAAGGUUUCUCACACCCACCUUAGAGCUAGACCGGAAUGGCAGUGGUUCUCCAGAGCCUCAGGCAGAGGUUCCCCCUCCCCAAGUGUUGCUGCCUGAUCCUUUAUCUGGUAACAUUAGGGAUUGAGUUUGAGACCUUUUGCACGCAGAUCAAAUCUACCACUGAACUAUGGCUGUCCUCCCAGGGUGUACCAAAUGUGGCUUUUUGUACACAGUAGCUUUUUGUGAAGUUAUGUGUGCAUGGAAACCUCUUUCUGCUUGUGCAUGAUACUUCCUGGAUUGGGGGUGACUUCUCUUUCAUGGCUGUUCCAUUCCAUGACAGUGACACACAAAUAGACGGGCUUAGGGCAGUAGCUCAAGUUAGAUUUUUAUAAUGAAUUCAAGUAUAGUCAGGUAAAAACAAUGAUGUCUGCUAGUUUCAGACAUGAUAUCACAGGUAGCUGUUCCCUUGGCAUUGUGGACAAGUGUGUUGUUAGAACCACCCACACCUGCCUUUUGGAUUAUGUUCUCUUGAUUGAUCAUGAUGCCCGGUCUACUUCACACAUUAGGUGGGGGUAAAUACCAAGUGGAUACAUGAUACCAUGUGGUGCAGGUUGCAGGGAACCAGAGCCCAUCACAGCUUCCUGACACAUGCACCUGUGCAAUGCACCUGUUUGCGUACAUUAUAUUUUUACUUGUGGAUGUAAAAUAUGUUAUAUGUAGUCAUGUCCACAAGGAGUGUGAAGUAGUCCUUAGCUAACAAGCUUACAGAGUUUUACAUAGGUUUACACUAAAUGCCUUUAACGGUGCUUCUCAAAAUAUGUAGACAUUCAACUCAUGAAUCUAACACAGACACAAGAAUCACUAAGCAUAAUGUAAUUCAGUGGAGGGGGAAAAACCAAGGGAUUUUAAAAAUGUUGGUGGGGAAAGUGAAACGAGAUCCAGCAUAAAACUUAACAAAAAUAAUAUGCAUAUAGGGAAUAGUUUUACUAUGCAUGAACUUCCAAACAAACAGAAAUGCAGUAGUGAUACAGUGGUGCCUCGCAAGACGAAAUUAAUUCGUUCCGCAAGUCUCUUCGUCUUGCGAGUUUUUCGUCUUGCGAUGCACGGUUUCCCAUAGGAAUGCAUUGAAAAUCAAUUAAUGCGUUCCUAGGAAACCGCCUUCAGACUCAGGUUCGGGGACAGUCUGUCCCCGGACCUCUUCUGAAGGCUGGGGAGGCAAGGGCUUUUCUUCCCACCCCCAGCAUUUUAAAACCCCGGGACAGCGGAGGACUUCUCCGCUGUCCGGGCGAUCUUAAAAUGCUGGCGGGCGGCAUUUAAAAUCACCCGGGACAGCGGAGGACUUCUCCGCUGUCCGGGGCAAUUUAAAGCCCCUGGGAAGGCAGGCAGGGGGACAAAGACUUUGCCCCGCCAGCCUUCAGAAGAGGUCCUGGACCUCUUCUGAAGGCGGGCGGGGGCGAAAGUCUUGCUCCCCGCCUUCAAAAGCCCUCCGGGACAGGCAGGCAGGGGGAGCAAAGACUUUCGCCCCCGCCCGCCUUCAGAAGGUCUUCCCUCCCCCGCCCGGCCGGAGCACCGUUCCGAAGCCGGGCGGCGGCGGAGGUCUUCCUCCCCCCGCCCGGCCGGGCACCGUUCCGAGCCGGGCGGCGGCGGAGGUGUUCCCUCCCCGCCCGGCCCGGAGCACCGUUCCGAGGCCGGGCGGCGGGGAGGUCUUCCCUCCCCCGCCCGGCCCGGAGCACCGUUCCGAGCCGGGCGGCGGCGGCAGGUGUUCCCUCCCCCGCCCGGCCGGGCACCGUUCCGAAGCCGGGCGGCGGCGGCAGGUGUUCCCUCCCCCCCCCCCCGGCUUCGGAGGUGCCUUCCGAAGCCCGGGGGCGGCGGGGGGAGGUGUCCCCGCCCCCCCGCCAGGCGUGGGAGGUGGUCCGGGGACAGUGGGGAAGACGCGCGGCGCUUCCCCGCAGUCCCUGUGAUUUACCUAUGGGCUGUCGUCUUGCGAAGCAAGCCCAUAGGGAAAUUCGUUUUGCGAAGCGCCUCCAAAACGGAAAACCCUUUCGUCUAGCGGGUUUUCCGUCUUGCGAGGCGUUCGUCUUGUGGGGUACCACUGUAUGUUUGUGGAAAUCUGAAAUGGCGGGGAAUAGCAAGGGAAGAUUCAGUAUGACUCGGGUAUCGCAUCAGGAAAGGUUGGGAACACAUCCAUUUUCCAUUUGAGGUGUCUUUGGGAAGAAUUCUCAGAAAGAUGGUCUACACUAGAGGCGGCCACUGAUUCACUUCUUUCCCCUGAAUGAAGCUAUCAGCCCCUACCCUCAUUGAUCCUAGAAUGAAAAGAGGUUUCUGGAUGAAUGGAAUCUUUGACACCUUUGAUUUGGCUGGGCAUUUUGUGUGUGGGAGGGAAUGGAACCCUUUAGCAAAACUCAUGGCCGGCAAAAGGUUGAUGGAAGCACCUCCACCGUUAAGCACAUCCUGAUUCCUCAUCAAGCGAUACAUCUCCAUGCCCGUGCUGUAUGUCCUCUUGCUGUAGAGGUACUAUUGUGGACAACUGUUUACAGAUGCCAUAAAGGGGACAAUUCAAACCCCAAACCUGCUGGGUUGAGAGAGGUCGGCUCAAGAAGAUCUUCAGCUCAGCCAGCUUUUUCCUGGCACAGCUGGGCUCUGCCAGCAUAAGCUCCAAAUCCUGAUUCAGUUAGCAAAAUGCUAGUGAAACAUCUUCAUCCUGGUGUAGCAAGCUGAAUCAAAUCAAGUGGACCUUACAUUGGUAUAAGUUCCUUACCCUAGAUCUUAACUCUGUUCAGCUAAGUCAUGUGAUCUAGCAAGCCUGCAGAGGUACAUCAGCAAAAAGGGGUGCUGUUAAGUGAAACUCUGUCUUAAAGACUUGUUUUCCCUCUGCCAGACUUGGCCAGCUCAGCUGCCAGUAGCCCUACUCCUGAACUGAGUUUGGAAUAGGGGUAACUAACACUGGCUUCAGUCAAGCGGGUCCCACUGGCUUACUAUACUUAGGAUUGCUUGGUCUGCUAAAUGCUAGAAUUUGCAAUGAGAUACAGGUGUGGAUCACAUUGUUGUGGUGUCAGCAGUUGCUUGAGGCAAAUCUUCCUAACCGAAUAGCAGGUUUGAUUGAGCCGCGGGGGAGUACAGAUUUCUUCUUUACCAGUAUCUAAACUGGGCUGGCACUAGAGCCAUUUCCUUGUGGAUGUGUUGGGGAGAGGGCAGCAGGAGUCUCCUUUGAAGACCUUAAUAGCUCUUGUCCUGCAGUGGAGCUGUCUCCUUAAUUCCUGGAAUCAGAGAGCCAGUCAAAUAACCUUCCAUGCUAAUUUUGACAACCAAACUGGCUUAUUGGGAAUGCAGACCAAAUGUGUCCAAGUGCAAGUUAGCACUUUGGAAAGCAGUCGUAUGGAACCUAGAACUGCCCCACUUCUUUCCAGGUGGACACAACUGAAUCUGACCUAGCCACUCACACUCUCCCUUUUCUCUCCCUUUGGCCCCUGGUGUGGGCUAAACCUUCUCCUUCCCUCUGAGGAUACUUAGAUCUCUACCCAUUGAGAAUCAUCUGGUCCAAUCUGCAAUGCCUCCUAUUUCUAUUUCUUGGUCAUGCUAGAAUGGGAUGGGCAGUUGAACUGACAUGAUCUGUCUAUGCUCUCUGCGGCUGCCUCAACCACAAUGCCUCCAACUCAGGAGUGUUAUGUCCAGAGAGCCACCUCGGAGCACCUCUAGUUGCUUCCCUGAAGCAGCAGUCUGUGUCUGGUGGGUGGGCAAUGGUGGUGGCCGCAGUCACAGUGAAUGGUGGGCUGGCUGCAGUGGUGGUGGCAGUGGUGGCCGGUGGAUCCACGAGUGGUGGAUGGAGUAGGCAGUCUGCCACCUGAGAUGCGUGUGUCACAUGGCUCAUUAUAGGGUCAGCACUAGAGAGAGAGAGAGAGAGAGAUGGAGGAGAUGCUGGGAGCAAAAAGACAAAGCAAGAAGGCAGCCUGAGUCAUGAGUAGGGAUGGGGUUUGCAGUCACUGACCAGCUCAUUUGUUUUUCACAUCAUGCUUGCUCAAAUUCUCUCUGUUUCAGUCUGCUAUUCAUUCAUCACAUGUCAGCUCGGUCCAAUCUCUCUCCCUCUCCUUUUAAAAUAUCAUAACUGACUUUGGUUCACCUUUGUUGCGAUAACUUUUUUGCACAAUGGAUUUUGCUCUUUGUCGUUCUGCUGCCAUUACAUUCAUCGCUGCCCAUCAUAAUCGAGCAUCCAUCUGCACACCCCCAGGCAGAUUGUGAUUUGCUUGUCUUGCAGUGUCUUUGUUUUCUUCUUCCCGCAAUGCAACAGAGGCGUUGGUGUGCCCGACCCACGGCUAGUGCCAUCAUCUUAGCUAAGCAGAGUUCAUAGGAGCACACAUUUCAGAAGCGCAGCCAAUCUGAGUUUGAAAAGGGCUGUACAGUUACAACAGCCAACUUCAACACACAGCCUUUCAGUUUGUUAUUUUCUUGCCACCGCCGCAACCGGUCUUGUUAAAUAUUGCUAACACUUGCCCGAGGCGCAAUCGGCUCUCAAAGCUUGCAAACGAGUGGAUGAAGCUGUGCUUGUGUGCAUGCUCGAUUAUUGUGAAAUUCACCAGCGUUCCUAGUUCUAAGGCAACUACUCUUCUUUUAGCAACGGACUCGCCAGGCGUCAUGCUGAAUACGAGAGACAUGCUGAUGGCACCUUCACCAGUGACAUCAGCUCUUACUUGGAGAGCCAAGCUGCCAAGGAGUUCAUUGCUUGGCUAGCAAAUGGAGGAGGAAGAAGAGAGUAAGAAUCCAUCUGUUGCUAAGCAUUUCUUAGCUUUUUUGGGGGGUGGGGGGAUUAAUACCAAUCGAAGCCUGCUGGAACCACAAUGUAUUGCUCCCACACCUUUCUCACUGUAUUUCAUAGUCUUCUUUUGUAAUUGAAAAUGUUGUCAUGGGUGUGGAAUGAUCCACCUGCCAAUUAAAACGUAGUUCUUUUGAGACUUUGAUUGUGCUGUUUCAUGCUCAAAUGGGUCACGUUUUCUCCAUGAGGUCAAGUGGUACAGAAGAUCAAUGUUGGUUUCACGUUUCCUCUGCUUUCUUCCCUAUCCUGCUUUGCUUCCAUUCAAACGUCUUGCACCCGGCUUCUUGACCACCCCAAGUUCUGUCAACCCCAAUCUCUCUGGUUCCCCGUUUGCCCCAGGAUCCCAAUCUGCCGCUGUUCCCAGCAUCCUCCUUUCCCUUCCAUUUUUCCCCGUUUCCAAAGUUUGUACAAACUCCUCCUCUUCAGGCCUCUCCUUCUUCUCCCCUCCUUUUCAAGAAGUUGCUGCUAAAAACUCAUCAUCACACUGUCACUGUCUUUCCCAUCCCUUUACAAAAGGGUGUUUGUGUGUGUGUGUGUGUCUUCCCACUCUUGCUGUGUGUUACGUUGAAUAUAUUUACCCCUCCUUUCCUGCCUCAAAGCAUCCCAUAACAUUAGGCUGCCAACACCUCCAUCAGUAACCUGUACUCCAUCAGUAACCACCUACAUCCUGUUCUCACCACUCUCGUGACAACCUCCUUUUCUUUUUGAUCCUUUUGGCCUGUUCUACCCACUGCUGCUGACUUUGAUCCAUCUUCCUCAGUGACUGCACAUUUGGAACGGCAUCUUUCUGCCUCCGUUCCUUCCCUUAAUAAGCCCACUCAGAGACGUCUGCAAGCCCCCUACACAUUUUUGCCUGUGCGGCCUGGCAGUCGAAAGAUCAACACGCUUUGUCCUAUCUGUACUUGUUUUGUACCUUUAGACUGUGAGCUCUUUCUGAGCAGGGCCCAACUUCCUUCCUGCCUUUCUUCCUCCUUCCCUCGAUUCCGUGCUCAAAAUCUAUAUUGCCAGCUGUAAAAGACACUGCGUAUGCCAUAGGAGCGCCAUAAAAAUUGAUUAUGACAUUGCUGUAAUGAUGAUAGCAAAAUGAGAUCUGAGAGUCAAACACGGUGAUGCAUGUUGGAAGUUAGGAAGAAAGACAACUGAGAGUAAAAAAAAAAGGAAUUUCUGAAACACCUGGUUAUAGAUAACUUUGGGCAUUUCAGUGGCUCUUGAGAAGAUACCUGUGGCAAUGGCUGGAGAGGGAUGGUGGUGAUGAUAAUAAUCUGAUAGACAAAAACACAUUUUUGUAAUUGGCAGCAAGGCAUGGUAUAUGUCUGCUCUUACCUAUCCUACUGGAUAUCAGUCAUUGAAUCAGAAACAAAAAGAGAAAGCAACCAUACAAGAUGGGAAAGCAACACUCCUCUUUUGCACUCUGUUUCCUAAAACAUAGUGGCUCAUGUUGCAUGCAAACGCAUGGGGUGGUUUGCUUUGGUUUAAAGGAAAACCGUGAUUGUAAGGAGAAAAGCAACAAAAUGGGCCGUGUAGCCCUUGGCUCACCCUUUACCCUGGGAGGGGCGAAUUGGACCAGAGAAAUGGCAAGUGGGAAAGGGUUAAGCAUGCCACAUUUCUGCUCAAAAUCUGCCCCCGUUUUUCUUCUCUUAAAAACACAACCGUGUAAUUAUCCCUGAGACCUUUUAUAGCUUUGAGAGAAUGUAAUGGUUCUUUAAAACUGACUCUGCUGCUUUGAUAUUAUUACCAGUCAAAUCUAAGACAUUAGUUUGGCAAAGAUCACAGCAAGCCACAGUUCUCUUGUUUGUGUACCUGCUGAAAGCAACCCCCAAGGCCAUUAAAACAGGGCCAGUAUUCCUCUCUGUAUGCUUAUAUGCUUACACAUCAUCAAAAAGAUCGAGGAAAAUAAUAUUGCAGGCUGUUGCAGAUUCUCUACAAAACCCAUCAGGACUCCUUGAUGUUGCUGACAGCCAGAUAUUUUGACACAUUUCCCCCUCUCGCCUCCCAGCCCCUUCCUAGGAAUUAAAUCUAGAGAUUAAGAAGUAAUAAAUAAAUAAAUGAUGAAACAGUCAGCUCUGAUGUGGGGACAUUUAAUUCUGAAGUAUAUUGGGUUCAGCAUGCUUGGAAUACAUUUUUAUAUUGCCUUUUGCUUCCAACAGUAGCACUGGAACCCUCGGUUUGAUAUUGUAUCUUCUGUUUCUGAACUUGAUUAAAAUUCUGAGCAAGGAAUACUGAACUUUUUCUCAGGAAAUGUUUGUUCUGUUGUCAUUCCUGUGGUCUCACGCAGCGGAGCUGGCUCACAUAAUACUAAGAAACUUGUUCUCUUGUGAAAUAAUUUAAAAAUUGUUUGCGUCCAUAUACAUCCUCUCACACAGAAGGAUAUUACUGUCUAGGAUGAGGCAAACAACUUUAUUCUCUGGAAAUACAGCUCUCAGAGAAUACUGAAAUACUGCAUCAACAUUCUCAAAGAGUUUAGACAGAAGGUUCCCCAGGUGAUGAUGAAUCAACAGUAGAGAUAGCUGUCUCUUGUACACAUUUGAAGGCUCCCAUCCAUAACCUGCUUAAUCUGGAGCAGUCCCACUUAUUUAAAAUGGAUCUGUGGCUCCAGAAACAUUUCCUGAACCCACUAGCAGGAAUUCAGUACUAGAAUAAGAUGUUUGGAUUCAAUGUCAUAGCUGCUUAAUGCUAGAUUAAUCCCAACUGGUGAGAUUUGGUAUUACAUGCUGAAAUUAAUAGCAGCUGUGUGUAAUAUUUGGUCAGGCGAACACUAUUGAAGCGUGAAGAAGCCCAAGUUAAACACUUUAAAGUUCCAUUUAUUUAGGCAGAUAAGCAUGAGCUUUAAAACCUGCCACUGAAAUCAUCAGGAUAUUAAAAGCUCUCAGUCUUGGCUGAAAGUGCCAAACGUUUGCCCUUUGCAAGCUGCUAUGAAUUAUUAUUAUUUUUUCUUUAAGAAACUGUUUUAUAGGUCUGCAAACAUGUCCUUAGUGCUAUUUUGCUAGAAGAUACAAAAACUUGGCCCUAUACAUUUUUUGCUGGGGAGAAUUUGAGCAACAUUAAGGAUUAGGCAGGGGGUAUUUUUAUUCUGACCCACAAGGAUGUUAUUUGUCCAUUUCCCCUCUUUAAGUUUCUCAGAAGGAGCUGGAGCGGCCGCGAACGUUGGCAGAAGACAUGCGGAUGGCACUUUCACCAGCGAUUACCACAAAUUCCUGGAUGAGGAGGCUGGCAAAGAGUUCCUGAAGUGGCUGAUGAGCAACAAACCAACUCAGAGGUGCCUGAAUUUUGGCUAACUGUAGACCAGCUUUUGUUGGAUUGCCUAUUAGCAGGUGUUGGUGGGGAAUGCGGCUUAUUUCCACUUAGUUAUUCAUUUACACCAGGAACGGCCAACCUCCUGUCUGUAGGGCUGGAUCUACAGCUCAGCCCCCCAAACAUUUUAUCCAUCUCCCCCAAAGUUUGUCAGUUUUGGUGGUGAUGACAAAAGGAAAGUAGACCAUGUGGUGAGAAGGUCAGUGAUGUGUGUGUGUGAACAUCUUAUGUGGGAGAGAGUGAAUGUGUGAGUACUUUUGUGUUCAGGUCCUGCUUCCAGCUUCUCAUAGGCAUCUGGUUGGCUAACUAUGAGAACAGAAUUCUAGACUGGAUGGGUCUUUGGUCUGAUUCAGCUGGCUUCUCUUAUGUUCUUAUGUUGGGUGGUGACACAACCACCUUCGGCCACAAUCACCCCCGGUAUGUGGCCCCUGGAGAAUUGGUUGGCCAUAUGCAUGUACAGUGUUGGAAAUGUUUUACAAAUGAUUUUAACUUUGUAAAAAGAGUGUGGGUAUUUUCGGAGGACCCUGUGGGUUUCCCCCAGAUUUCUCCCGGACAGAUGUUCCUAAUAUGUCCAUCAUGCAAACCAACAAACCGUUUUUCCACACAUGGAUGGGGAGCAGGUUAAAAAGCACUUGUAUACUUGCUGUUUGCAUGACUGAGGAGUUUCAGCCAGAGAAGUAUAUGAAGAAAACCCCUUUAAGUAUACCUCUGGAUGUGUGCUGCGUAUGGACUCCAAGGGUUCAGCAACUAUGGCCAUCAGGGCAAGGAUUUCCACUUCCACAACAGGACUUUCUCUGCUCCCCCAUGCCCUGCACCUGCCUCAAAUUUGCUCCAGAGGGUUGACGUAACCCCUAGAACAGAUUUAGGGGGUGCACAAGGGGAGAAGAGGAGAAUAAUGUUCUGUCAGUGCAAGCAGAAAUCUGGAACACUGAGGUAGCAUUACAUUUAUGCAACCCAAAGCCUCUUCCAUGUGGCAAUGGCAGCAGAUCCCACCAUUAUGUAGAAGGCAGCCACCUCAGGUAGCAGAAAUGGAGGCACCUUUGAAAGGAAGCGGAUUUGCCAGGAACUGAAUUAUUGGGGGGGGGGGAGGAAAUAUUUUUGUCCCAGUGUGCCUGGAUGUCAAUCAUGUUUUUAUCAAUAUUUAGUUUUAGAAGCAGUGCCUUCUUUUGCAAUGGCUCUCACUAGUAUGGAGUACCGGGACUUCAUUUUUUGCUGCUCAUGUAAGGCAUUAUAUGCUCCUCCCUUGAAACAUAGCUGUCAACGUUUCCCUUUUUUUAAGGGAAAUUCCCUUAUUCUGAAUAGGAUUCCUCGCAAGAAAAGGGGAAAGUUGACAGCUAUGCCUCGAACUUUUAUCACAAUAGGAGUGCAGUGGUACCUCGGGUUACAAACACCUCGGGUUACAAACACUUCAGGUUACAGACUCCGCUAAACCGGAAGUAGUAUCUUGGGUUGAGAACUUUACCUCAGGAUGACAACAGAAAUUGUGCAGCGGCGCAGCGGCAGCAGGAGGCCCCAUUAGCUAAAGUGGUACCUCAGGUUAAGAACGGUUUCAGGUUAAGAACGGACCUCCAGAACGAAUUAAGUUCAUAACCAGAGGUACCACUGUACUAGGAUCUCUCUCUCUCUCUCUUUUUACACACCCACCCCCCUGCAAAACCUCCAAUGAGAGGUAAAACUUAGAGCAGAGGUUCCCAAAACUGUGAUCCACAGACCUUCUGGUUUCCAUGAGCUUCAUUUUGGCAGCCUGUGGCAUAUCUGUGUCUUUGUGGUUGAAGACAGGAAAUGGUAUCUCCAUUGCAUUAAAUGUUCACAUUGAUCUUUAAUUGCAUUUUAUUGCUUCUUUCAUUCUGUGGAAUAAAAUACCACCGGAUAAAAAAUAAGAGAGGCACUAAAAAUACCUUUAAAAAUCAUACAGCGUGUCACAAUGGCCACAACAGGCAGAAAAAUAGUUAAGUGGUCCACAAAGAACCUCCACAAUUCUCUUUCCUUUUUAAAAAAAAUCUCUCUCUGUGUGCGCUAACAAUUUUUAUUGUGUUUUUCAGAUAG